ACGUGCACACACGCACACACACACACAUACCGAACGAGACGCGAGGAGAGAAGAGGAGUGGAGAGAAUGCCUGGUGAAAGGGUGGCGCUUCCUCGCUUGCUGCUUCCAGGGCCUCUGUGAGAGAGAUACCAUGGGCUGCAUCGGCUCCCGGACCAUCACAGCGGAUGCUGUUCCUGUACGGAAAGAUGAGGAACAGCACGGGCGUGCUGAGUUUUCCUGGGAAGGAAUCAAUCUCUCUAUGGAGGACACUUCCUCCAUCCUGCCUCAUCUGAAGAGGAACUCCAACGCUUACGGGAUCGGUGCUCUGGCUAAGUCCUCACUGACAGGUGUGUCAGGCGUGUCCCGUUCCAUGAAGGAUAAAGUAACUAAGCCCACUGCCAUGGCCUCAGGCAAAGUGGCUCACAUGAUCGAAUGGCAGAGCUGGAACACACCAUCCAAUGGGACUGAAGGGAAUGUGGUCGCCAAAAUCCCAACCUCGCAACGCGAGAAGGAGAGGCGGAUGGAGAGCGAAAUGUACAGUGAACUCAGUGAAGGAGAAAAGGAGGCCCGCUUCACUGCAGGAUUAAUGGCACAAUUUGCCUUAUCGGAGGCUACUUUGCUGGGCUGGAGAUCUAUGGAGGAAGACGGCCUUUGUGCUGGCUCCAAACAUGGCAGUGUGGCACACCUCAGUGAGACCAACCAGGAGAGCAUCACCAGCAGAGACCAGGCGAUGCAUCACUCCUCAGCUGACGUGUGGCCCAACACUUACGUCGCCCAGGGCCUCUACUGCCUCUCCUCCUCUGACGCCUGGGAGCCAAUUAGCAACGAUCCCUCGGGCGUGGCCUCGCCGGCCACCUACAUCAUGGCAGGUGGGGGAGGAGGGACACCCGGUGAGGGCUACGGUGAGAUGGACAACGGUGGCGUCUUCAUCCAGCAGCAGCAGCCCCAACAGCUCACGCUGCAGCAGCAGAGCCAGUUGCAGCUCCAGCAGUUGCAGCAGAUCCAGCUGUACCAGCACCAGCAGCUAAUGCUCUACCAACAGCAACAGGCAAUGGAACACAGGCUACACAGUGCAAACCACUCCCUCCAAGCCACGCCCAACAGCACUAUCCACAGUCUGGGCCUGCCUACUCACCCUCGCCUGGCUGACCUAUGGGGCUCUGCGCAGGUGGAGAUUGUUGGACAGAUGAGCGGGCCAAUGGCUGACAUGGUUAGUGGUGUGGUUGAGACCUUGGGGGAGGAGCCAGAGGAGGAGAGCGAUUGCAUUCCAGAGCAACAGGAAGAGGAGGAGACUAAGGAAGAUGAGGUUACGUUAACCUUAGAACCAACUUUGACCCCGUCCCCGCUUAGAGAAGACGCCACCCCGAUUGGAGGCACCAGUCCACAACUAGCACGCACAGAACUAAUGGCAGAGCGCAUACCCUUUGUGGUCACACCCUGCAUUGUCCAAUCGUUGGAGGAGAAGGACGAAGAGGUGGUGAAGGGGUCUAUUGUUGCCGUGGCGACCAAUUGAGGGGGAUAGUCAGAAAGAGAGACUGACAAACAGGAUAUACUUAUCAAUAAUCAACCAAUCAAGCUAUUCUUCCCCCCUUCCAGCUAUUUACCCACUCUGGGACUGAGAAAAAACAGAACAACUUUUCCUGGAGGAGAAAGUAUUGGAUAUGACAAUGAUGAAAGGGAACUUUAAAGACAACUCAUUGACUGCUAAAAUGUGUAGGUUUGCAUAAACGUGAGUACUUGUUUUGCAGUGAUAUUGAACUAUGGAAAUGAAAUUGAAAGAACGGAGUAGAGAGAAAGAAAAAGAAUGCUGGGAAAAGAUCAGUGCAAUACAGAAAAUCACGAGACAACCAAAAGAAAGUGCAUGCUUUUGAAAGUAAUUUAACGAUAAUAGUAAACCGUAUACAAAGUAAAAAUAUCUAAAUGAUUUUUUAUAAAAACGAAAAAUGAAAUAAAGUAAUAUGUAUUAGUGUGUUUGUGUGUGUGUGUGCGUGCGUGCGUGUGUGUGCAUGUAUGUGUAUGUGAGAGUGUUCAAA